UUCUCUGUUAUGUUUUAAGCCCACAGUGAUAGUUACGUUAAUAUACUGUAAUAUUUCUUGAAAACCUCAUCAUGGAUUUAGAAAAUUUAACUCCAGAAGAUAUAAUCAAGCCAACAAUCGCUGAAGACAUUGGACAACUAGACCUCAGGGUGGGGAAAAUCACAGAUUGUGCCAGUAACUCACUGGACACCAAGCUUUACAUAGAAACUAUUGAUGUAGGAGAGGAAAACACGAGACAGGCUUCUAGUGAGCUGACCAGCCGUUACUCCUGUGAUCAGCUGGUCGGCCGCAAGAUCGUAGUGCUGUGUAAUGCCAACCCUGAAGACAAACGGGGAAUAGAGCGCAACGCAAUGGUGCUUUGUGCUGUCGAUAAAAAGAAUGUUGAAUUGAUAAACCCUCCAUUCGACAGCCUGGUUGGAGACCCUGUAGUAGUUGAUGGGUUUCCGUGGCGCCCCGAGCCACCUCCAAGGAAGGCGGAGAUCAUGGCACUCUACGAGAAAACUCCCUUUGAGAAGGUCAAUGCUGACAUGAAGAUUGACUCUCUUGGUGUGGCUGUCUACAAAGGGAAACCACUCAAGGUGAAUGGACGACAGGGUCAGAUCUCAGCGGGAACCCUUUCUAACUGUGAGGUUAAAUUUGAAUAAAAGGAUGAAUUGAGGAGAAA